GGGGCCGUGGCGCUGCUGGCCGGAGCGAGCUGCCUGUGCUACGGCCGCUCCCUGCAGGGCGAGUUCGUGCACGACGAUGUGUGGGCGAUCGUGAACAACCCCGACGUGCGGGCCGGAGCCCCGCUGCGCUGGGGCAUCUUCACCAACGACUUCUGGGGCAAGGGCAUGGCCGAGAACACCAGCCACAAGUCCUACCGGCCGCUCUGCGUCCUCACCUUCAAGCUGAACAUAUUUUUGACGGGCAUGGACCCAUUCUACUUUCAUGCAGUAAAUGUGAUAUUACACUGCUUAGUGACGCUCGUGCUGAUGUACACCUGUGAUAAAACUGUCUUCAAGAAUCGUGGACUUGCUUUCAUUACGGCGUUGCUUUUUGCUGUGCAUCCUAUUCACACUGAGGCGGUGGCUGGGAUUGUUGGCAGAGCUGACGUGUUAGCGGGCCUGCUGUUCCUGCUGGCCUUUCUCUCCUACAAUAGGAGCCUGGAUCGUUGCUGUGCCGGGGAAUGUUUCCCUCGCACAGCUUCUCCCUUCUUCUUGCUGCUCAGUUUGUUUCUGGGGACCUGCGCGAUGCUGGUAAAAGAGACGGGCAUCACCGUGUUCGGCGUGUGCUUGGUGUAUGACCUCUUCGCCCUCUCCCACAAGCAAGAAAAGUCGAGCAAUGGGGUGGUCCACCAGCGCAGCCCACAGGAGCCUGGGAGCCCUCAGACCUCUUCACUGCCAACCCAUCCUCAGCAACGGGAGAAUGGGAAGCAGCAGCGGUUUCCUCACAAAGGAGCUUGGACUGGGUGUCACUCCCCACUGCCACCAGAACCCAAGAGCAGUGCAUUCCUGGUGUCCCCGCGAGCUAUGUGGUCCCUCAUGAGGUACCUGACAGCAAGCAGCAAUAGAAAUUUUCUGCUUACCAUGAGGCCAUUUUUUAAAAGGGCCAUUUUGGUUAUAAGUUAUGUGACUGUUGUCUUGUACUUUCGUCUGUGGAUAAUGGGAGGAUCUAUGCCUCUCUUUUCAGAACAGGAUAAUCCAGCUUCAUUUUCGCCUUACAUUCUUACAAGAUUCCUUACCUAUUCCUACCUCUUGGCCUUCAAUGUGUGGCUUCUGCUCGCACCUGUUACCCUGUGCUAUGACUGGCAGGUCGGCAGUAUUCCUCUGGUGGAGACCAUAUGGGACGUGCGGAACUUAGCCACUAUCCUGCUGGUGCUGGUGAUGGCCUCACUGAGCCUGCACUGCUUAGCAGCCUUCAAGAGACUGGAGCACAAGGAAGUCUUAGUGGGCUUGUUGUUCCUGGUGUUCCCGUUCAUUCCGGCCAGCAAUCUCUUCUUCAGGGUGGGGUUUGUGGUGGCCGAGAGAGUCCUUUACAUGCCUAGCAUGGGCUACUGCAUCCUUGUCGUGCAUGGAUUGAGCAAGCUCUGCACUUGGCUGAAUCGAUGCGGGGCCACUAGCCUGAUUGUGUCCACCGUGUUGUUGCUGUUGCUGUUCUCUUGGAAAACCGUGAAACAGAACGACAUUUGGCUGUCAAGAGAGUCCCUGUUCAGGUCUGGAGUUCAAACUCUGCCCCACAAUGCCAAGGUUCACUACAACUACGCCAAUUUCCUGAAGGAUCAAGGUCGGAACAGGGAAGCGAUCUACCACUACAGAACAGCCCUCAAGUUAUACCCUCGCCAUGCAAGUGCCCUGAACAACCUUGGAACUCUGACGAGAGACACAGCAGAGGCGAAGAUGUACUAUCAGAGGGCCCUCCAGCUACAUCCACAGCAUAACCGGGCUCUUUUCAAUCUUGGCAAUCUCCUGAAGUCCCAGGAAAAAAAAGAAGAAGCUAUCACCUUACUGAAAGAUUCCAUUAAAUACGGUCCAGAGUUUGCAGAUGCCUAUUCAAGUUUAGCUUCAUUAUUGGCCGAGCAGGAGAGAUUUAAGGAAGCUGAAGAAAUAUACCUGGCUGGAAUAAAGAAUUGUCCAGACAGCUCAGAUUUACACAACAACUAUGGAGUUUUCUUAGUCGAUUCUGGUUCUCCAGAGAAGGCAGUAGCCCAUUACCAAGAGGCCAUCAAACUUAGCCCAAGUCAUCAUGUGGCCAUGGUCAACCUGGGGAGACUCUACAGGUCUUUGGGAGAGAACAGCAUGGCUGAAGAAUGGUACAAACGUGCCCUGCAGGUGGCGCACAAAGCCGAGAUCCUGUCACCUCUGGGAGCUCUGUACUACAACACUGGCCGAUAUGAAGAGGCUUUGCAGAUUUACCGGGAAGCCGCAGCACUUCAGCCUUCUCAAAGGGAGCUCCGCCUGGCACUGGCUCAGGUCUUGGCUGUGAUGGGUCAGACUAAAGAAGCUGAAAAGAUGACCAGUCGCAUUGUGUCGGAGGAGGCCGGCUGCCUGGAAUGCUAUCGCCUCUUGUCAGCCAUCUACAGCAAGCAGGAGCAGCACGACCAGGCACUUGAUGCUAUAGACAAGGCUCUCCAGCUGAAGCCAAAGGACCCAAAAGUCGUAUCUGAGCUUUUUUUCACAAAAGGAAACCAGUUAAGGGAGCAGAACCUUCUUGACAAAGCUUUUGAGAGCUAUAAAGCAGCCGUGGAACUAAACCCAGAUCAAGCACAGGCCUGGAUGAACAUGGGAGGGAUCCAGCACAUCAAGGGAAACUAUGUAUCUGCAAGAGCUUAUUAUGAGAGAGCUUUACAGCUGGUUCCAGAGAGCAAACUGUUGAAGGAGAAUCUGGCCAAAUUGGAUCGCCUAGAAAAACGAUUACAGAAAGUUCGACGAGAGGAUCAAACGUAGCACCCCGGCCCAACGUCCUGGGAUUGUACUUAUGCUUCUUGGAGUGAAAAAGUGAUGGAGACCUUGCUUUCCGCUCAGCAGAGGCACAGUUGAAGCUUUCCCCACACUCGGAGUCACAGUGGCAGAAGCUGGGACAUCUGCUGGUGACCCAGUGCCAGAGGACCUACAUUUCCAUAAAAGAAGACAGAGCAAGCAACAAGAGGGAAGGAAAACAAUAGCUACACAUUUUACUUUCGUUCGGCUUAACUCCAGAUUUCUCUCGAUAUAUUUCUAUGCUUUUGCAACCUGGAGAUCUAAUUCCAUUUCUUAAUUUAGACUUACAUGUCUCAGAAAUACAGACGUUUGGAAUGAGAUGACGGCAGUGCAUGUUGGAUCAUCAGAAAAGUCAUGAUGUAUUUUUGCAUAGGAAAAAAAAAUAAUGUCAUGACUUUUCUGGCAACCCAAUAUGAUGAGAUCUUUCAAAGAGGAUAAAUCUUCUUGGGUAGGCUUAUUCUCUACUAAGUGCUCACACAUUUAAUUCUCCAGAACUAGAAAUGAGCAUUUAAUAGCUUGUGUAGAACCUUCUGGAAGAUGUAGUGGAAAGGGCUAUUGUUACGUGAGCUUCAUCUGAUAUCUCCCUAAAGAUAUUACCAAAGCCCUUUUGAAGAGUAAGUUAAAUUUUACUCUGACACAAGUUUUUCCCAUUGCCUAGUGUUUCCAAAGGGAAGCUUCUGGAAUUGUGUAGGAAUAUCUUUAUCCAGAGGGGAAAAUCAAGGAGCUUGGUACCCCUAAUUCUUUAUAAAAAUAUUUAAAAGUAUCAUAAUUUUACUACAGGUAUUACUAGAGUAGUGGUUCUACUCU